AUGGUCGCUUUUGGUCCGCUAUUGGCCCCCUAUCCUCCACCUGGAGACGCGCCACGUAGCCUCGCUACUAACCGACUCGAGAUCCUUCAUAUGAGGGAGUUCCGUGGGGCAUUCUUCAUACAUGAAGAAAAAUUGGCGGCUUGUCCAACUUCCUAUAUGCACGCGAACAGGCAUUGUGUAGAUUUAAUGUUUAUCAAGGCUGUGUCACAGGGUCGGUCUCAAGCGACAAACAAACAAACUUGUUACCUGGAGGCCGCUAAACGUGUUGUCUUUGCGAUUUUCGCUUAG